UCUCCUCUUCAUUCCUGCUAUUGCUGCCGGCGAUAAGUCCACCUUCAAGGUCAAGAUCGGACCUUCAGUGGCGGCCGGGGCAUUCCAAGAACAGCGAGCAGCGUCAGCUCUAAAUUGAUUUUCACUGACAGAUUUUGAGGCUUUGUGAUUCCUUUCAGUCGAAAGAUUACGACUUUACAAAGUCAUUGGUCGAGGAAUUUCGAGAUGGGUCAAGCUCAAAGCGAGGCAGCAGCCGGCGAAGAAACAAUUCAGAAUUCUCAGCAACCAGCCGCAGCCGCCCCCGCUCCUUUCAUGGAUUCCAUCCUUGCAGGGAUUUCUUUCUUCUUGUGAAAGAUUGGAAAAGAAGAGGACUCGAUUCAAAGCUUGUUUCUCAAAGAAAGUAAACAGAAAACUAGCCAGGUUUCUUAGAGGGACCUAUCUUGCUCUUCUGAUCUGGAAGUCUGGUGCUCGUGUUACUUGCAAGUAAUGCUACACUGUGCUUUCGGGUCUACACCGGAUCCCCCCCCAACACCAAAUAAAAUGCCAGAAGCUGCAGCUUAUGGUGAUGAGGAGGCUGAGUCCCUUGACGCAAAGGCAGAGAAGGCACUGGAAUGCCCUUGCAUAGCUGACCUGCGAGGCGGCCCCUGUGGGACCCAGUUCUCGGAGGCCUUCCUGUGUUUCAUGAAAAGUACUAAAGAAGAAAAGGGAUCAGAUUGCGUGAAUCCAUUUGUUGCUCUGCAGAGCUGCAUUAAAGCAAAUCCCAGCGCGUUCUCAAAAGACGUAUUAGAAGAAGAUGAGGGCGACGAAACAAAGGCAGAAGAGCCGAAGAAAGAAUACCGAAUAAUCCCUCCCAAAUGGUCCAGAGAAUCACCUAGUCCUCCGCCGCAGUCCAAGCUGUGAAACACGUCUGUCAGAGAACCCUCUAUCCCUGCUUCGAAGGCGCUAUGUUUUGUGCCAUCCAAGCUCAGAUGUUGGAGGCUGCAAUACGGAUCAGGGAAUAAUUGAAGUAGAUGGAAUGAUCAAGUUGACACCUCAUUGUAGCCGACCAAAUAGGAUGUAGUAUGUCAAAAUGUGGCAUUAAUUUGAACUUAAUACCCCGUUUGGUUUUAGGGUCUGAUUUUAAGAUUUUUACUAUAACUUUUAACUCUAUUCACUACACAACAAAAAUCAACUCUUUCAAUUCAAAAA